GUUCCACCUCUGGCCCAGUCGGCAAGGGGACUCGGGCGAAGGCUGAGGCGGCCUCCGAUUGGCUAGAGCGCGCACCCAAUCAGAGGCAGGGAAAUGCUCGCCCGCCUUCCCCGCGGCGCCGGUGGCCUGCAGGGGCGCGGAGCAGCCGCCAGGGACCGCUGCAGGCGCGGCGGGCGCCGGCGCAGGGCGUGCUCGAGACGCUGCGGCGAGUGGCGGCGGCCGUUAAGUGACGGUGCCAACCGUCGCGGCGGCCCGAGUCGGAGCAGGUGGGGAUUUAUGGCAUGCAUCCUGAUGGAACUGUGCUGGAAGCUGUCUGUCUGCUUUUUUUGCUAUCAAGUUGUCUCAGGAAGAGUUAAGAGGGAGGGACAUUAUGUUGCUGCUGUGUAUGAACACCAGUCCAUACUGAGCCCUAAUCCAACAGCUCUCGUUGAUCGACAGUCUGCAUUGGAACUAAUGGGCAGAAACCUAGACAUCUAUGAACAGCAAGCAGUGGCUGCUGUAGGACAGGGGGCACAGAUCAUUGUUUUUCCUGAAGAUGGAAUCCAUGGCUUCAACUUCACCAGAAGAUCUAUUUAUCCUUACUUAGAUCUUGUUUUGCAUUCGCAGUCUGUGAAAUGGAAUCCAUGCAGAGAGCCGUAUUUGUUCAAUGACACAGAGGUUCUUCAGCGGCUAAGCUGCAUGGCAUUGAAGAACAAAAUAUUCCUUGUGGCAAACUUAGGAACUAAGCAACCCUGCAAUCAUAUUGAUCCUCACUGCCCCUCUGAUGGAAGAUACCAGUUCAAUACCAAUGUGGUGUUCAAUGACUACGGUACGCUGGUAGCUACAUAUCGCAAACACAAUCUGUAUUUUGAAUAUGCUUUUGAUGCCCCUCCAGAGGCUGACUAUAUACUCUUUGAUACCCCUUUUGCUGGCAAGUUUGGCGUGUUCACUUGUUUUGAUAUACUUUUCUUCGAGCCUGCAGUGAACCUUGUCAGACAAUACAACGUGAAACAAGUUGUAUAUCCAACUGCCUGGAUGAACCAGCUCCCACUCCUCUCUGCUGUAGAAUUUCAACAAGCCUUUGCAACAGCUUUCAACAUCAAUAUUUUAGCAGCUAACAUCCACCACCCUACCUUGGGCAUGACAGGGAGUGGCAUAUACACUCCAGUCAAAUCAUUCAUUUACCACAACAUGGAAAGUUACAGUGGCAAACUCAUAGUAGCAGAAAUCCCUGUGAUUACCCCAGAUUACAAAACCGAUUUGGAGAGUAACAAAAUAUUCAGAGAGAACUUACAUCACUCAUACACGAUGUUUAGAAGCACCUCAAUGGAUGAUCAAGUUUGCUACAAGGAGGGACAAGAGGUCCCCUGCAGAGUAUCAGAAAAAAGAAAUGAAGAGUCAUCUCCCCUAUUUUAUGCAGAAAUGAUGUACGACAAUUUUACUUUUGUUCCUGUACAGGAAAACAAAGGAGAGCUCAAGGUUUGUGCCAACACCCUCUGUUGUUACUUAAAUUAUCAGAGACCUGUUUUAACUGAUGAAUUAUAUGCUUUGGGAGUUUUUGAUGGGCUUCAUACAGUACAUGGCACAUACUAUGUUCAGGCCUGUGCAUUAGUAAAGUGCGGUGGUCUCCACUUUAGCACUUGUGGACAGGAGGUUACAAAUGCCACUGCUUUGAUAGAUUUCCAGCUAUGGGCAAAUAUGAGUACUCCUUAUAUCUUUCCAUUACUGCUGACAUCUGGUAUUACCUUGGACUUUGCUGAUCACAUGGGCUGGAAAAACGACCACUAUUUCAUAAGCAAAAAUAGAACAUCAUCUGGCCUACUGACAGCUGCUCUAUAUGGACGAUGGUAUGAAAAGGACUAGCACAGAUACUUGACUGAAUCAGAAAACAACUAUCCAGAUUUUCAAGGCAGGUAUCUUAACAGAAGUUGUUGAACAUCUGUACUUCUUCGAGCUUUAGGUAUUUGCUUGUAACAUGACUGUCCUAUUAGGUUUCACAUUUGAAAUGAUAACCAAAGCACUUGGUCUAAAAGGCUAUAAACCACAGUGUGCAUCUUGGAUACUUGCAUCCUACCAGAAGUAACAGAACUGCCCCGCAAACAUAAGGGCUCAUAAUGUAUCAAGAUGUUUUGUGUUAGGAAAAUAAUGUUUCUUACUUUAGCUGAAUUUUCUCAUUUUAAUUUAUAAUCCUUUUGCUGGGGUCCUGGCUAGGGAUAUCUUAAGUCUCUUCCUCGGCAUACAUUUGCUGAUUCCACUUCUGCUUUUAUUAUUAAAUCUAGCUGUGAUUUUCAAAGGGGUGAUGCUCCCCUUGUACUUAGCAGAAAUUCAAUUAAAUGGGAUGAGUGAAAUCAUUCUCUAAUCAUGCUGCAUAGCAGCCAGUUGUGGUUUCUUUCAUGUUUGCUGAUGACUGCUGAAGAAUUACAUUUUUAGUUUGUUACUUUAAUGAGAAAUGCAGAAAUUGUUUUAACAGGCUCUGCUAAAUCAUGCCAUGUCUAAAACUGAAGUGAGGAAGAAAGCAAUGUAGUCUAAGUGGAAAACCAUUACAAAAUAAAGAAAAAUGGGAGAUUGAAAGUAACAGAAGUAACAUACAUGACAUGUAUGAAACAAUAUAGCAUGUAUAUGGUGAGGUUCUGAUUUCUGCUUAGAAUCCAAUGAUUUUUCUUUUCUUUGUGUCAAAAAAAAGUCAUAACCAUUUACUGGCUAAUUGUAAUUCCAUUCGAAAUCUCAGUUUCUCGUAUACUUUAAGAGUAACUGAAUUUUAUUGCUGUGAAUAUCUAUGGAACAAUAGUCUGAAGGAAGAGGAAAUCAAAUGAAUGUGAAAAAAACUACACAGCAUUAAGAGAGAAUUUCCAGCCUACUGUGCAAGGUGGUGUGCUUUACAAAAGCUCAGCAAUGAAUAUCUACAACUAUGCCAUAUACUAUUUAAGUAUUUCAACUUUCCCUAUUUAAGGGAGAGGUCAUUUCAAGACUGUUUUGACUUUGAGACAUCUUCCACAUUGUUUAUAAAUUCAUUCAACAAGAGCUGUGAAAAGCACAUAAUGAAUUGUGGGAUUGUAAGGUUUUUACAUAAAUAUUUGUGCCAGAUGGCAGGUUCCUGCUGCUAAAUGAGUAAAACAUACCCUUUUUUCCACAGCAAUAACUAGAUUAAGUUGUAAAAAUAACUAGAUUAAGCUGUAAAAACUAUAUUGCAAUGUCAAACUCUUACUGUAGUGACAAAGUUAGGAAGAGAAGAUUCCAAAAAAUAGUAAUUUGGGGUUAAGCUUAACUGAGAAAAUAAAUUAUUCUUAAGCACUAUAA